CUCCCUCAUUGUGGACUCCUCGCUUAGAGUAGGGCAUUGUGGGUAAUGAGGAGAUCGGAGGGGCCCCGCAGGGCCCUCAGGAUUGGCCCGGUUCAGAAGGGGCUGCGCCGUGCUUCUACCUCCUCCAUCAUCACCAUGUCUUACCAGAAGGAGUUGGAGAAGUACCGGGACAUAGACGAGGAUGAGAUCCUCGGAGGGAUGUCCGCGGAAGAACUGGCUCAGCUGGACCUCGAGCUGCAGGAGAUGGACCCCGAGAACAUCCUGCUCCCGGCGGGAAUGCGCCAGAGAGACCAAACGAAGAAGACGCCCACCGGGCCGCUGGAUCGGGAUGCGCUCAUGCAGCACCUGGAGCAGGAGGCCAUCAGCGCCAAGGAGAGGGAGNUCAUUUUCCCCUCCCCCGCAGGGAAGCCGUUCAUCUCCAAAAACCCCAAACGUGAGAUCCCCAAGGAGGAGCAGAUCACGCUGGAGCCGGAGAUGGAGGAGGCCCUGGCCAACGCGACGGACGCCGAGAUGUGCGAUAUCGCAGCCAUCUUGGGGAUGUACACGUUGAUGAGUAACAAGCAAUACUACGACGCCAUCACCUCCGGAAUCAUCAUGAACAAGGAAGGCAUCAACAGUGUGGUAAAGCCGGACGAAUACAAACCCGUCCCCGACGAGCCGCCCAACCCAACCAACGUGGAGGAGACCCUGCAGAAGAUCAAGAGCAACGCCUCGGACUUGGAGGAGGUCAAUCUGAAUAACAUCAAGGACAUUCCCAUCCCGAGGCUGAAGGAGAUCUGUGAGGCCAUGAAAGGCAACACUCAUGUGAAGAAGCUGAGCUUGGUGGCCACCCGCAGCAAUGACCCCGUGGCCUUUGCUGUGGCCGAAAUGUUGAAGGAAAACAAGACUUUGGAGACUCUGAAUAUCGAGUCAAAUUUUAUCUCCGGCGCGGGGAUGAUGGCCGUCAUUCGGGCCAUGAAACACAACUCUACAUUGACUGAGCUCAAGGUGGAUAAUCAGCACCAGAACCUCGGAGACACAGUAGAGAUGGAGAUGGCCUCCAUGAUUGAAAACUGUCCUUCUAUCGUACGAUUCGGGUACCAUUUUUUGCGGCAGGGACCACGGGCACGGGUAUCAUCGGCAAUCACCAGAAACCUGGAACUCCGUCGCCAGAACAAAAAGAAGAACCCCUAAUGUGUCCUGAUACUUGCCAGAUACCCAGCCUCAUUCAUCUCCUCAGUGUUGUCCCUGAAUUGCCACCAUUUUGUGAUAGAUGAAACAC